AUGCACAAGCUACUCUUGGUAUCACUGCUCGUCCUCUCCCUCGCCGUCAUGGAGGUCCUCUGCACGGAGGCCAUGCUGACCCCACCAGAGAGGCCGGAGGAGUUCAAGAACCCCAACGAACUGAGGAAGUACCUCAAGGCUUUGAAUGAGUACUACGCCAUUGUCGGCAGACCCAGGUGA